UAGACGUAGCCAACCGAAGCCACAAUAUUUAGCGUCGUCGUUCUUGUGGCUUUUUCUCCGUAGCUCUCAGCAAUGUCGUUCUAUAAUAGUGUGGUCGAGAACAGACUUCGAGAGCUGGCGAAAGGAGGAUCUCUCGUAGCAAAGCAAGAGCUAUUGAUACAGCAGAAGAAGCGCGAAAUCGAAGAAAAGUUAAAAUCAAAGGCAAGCGCACAAGCAGCGCAGUCAACUGUAGGCCUAAAAAAUGAACGUCCCAAACCGCUUCCUUUAGAGAGGAAGCCAGCUUCAGCACCACUUCCCUUGGGUGGCUCUUCAGCCCUGAACACAUUCAGGAAUGAUGGCAGUUUUUUAGAUCAGUUCAGAAAACUACAAGGUGACACAGCAAAACCAUCGGCUGUCCCUUCAAGCUCCCCGCCUGCCUCUUUGAGCUCUCCGUCUCUCCCUUCAAGCUCUCCGUCUGCCCCUCCGUCUGUGCCCAUUGGAACUAAUCUUAAUAAGACCUCAGCUCCCCAAGAGAGCAAGCCAGCAUCUUCAAAUGUUGGUCUUUGUAUAAAACUUCAAACUCCAACUCAACCAAAGGCACUUCAACCAUCAGCUGUGGCUAGUGAACUGGAUGAAGACGAGGUCCAACUACAAGAAGUUUCUUCUCCAGACGGGAAAGCUGUCCAGGGUGCAAUAGAGCGUGUUGCAAUCUGUGUCGCAAUCAAUGGAGGGUCCGCAGAAGAGGCAGCGCGGAUUAGCCAUGCAGACGACCCAGCUUAUCGGUUUCUCACAGACAAAGAUGGCGAAGACUACCAACGCUACCGAGAACGAGUGUGUGCCCUCACAGCUGCCAAGCACAGGGCAGAAGAAUCUGGAGCUCUUCCUUCAGCCAGCAGAUUAGACUCUGGAAACAAAAACCGGGGAAACAGCUCCAAUGCCAGCAGUGCUGAUGAAGGAACGAGGAAGAGGAAGAGGCAGAGCCGAUGGGGACCGCAGGAAGCUCAAGUGGCUCCACCCAUUACACUCUCUUUGGGACCAGCUGCAGUACAGCUGCCGCCCUUCGUGCAGUCCGAUCCUGGUCUCAUUGCAUAUGCAAGGCAGGUUUUCAAUUCAAUUGACCUUUCUUUUGAGCAGUGGAAGCAACUCGAAGAUCAGAGAAAGAUGAGGGCUCUGUUUGAGAUGAUGCAAGCCAAAAAGAAAGCAGACGAAGCAAGGGCAAUGGCUGGGAAGUUCAAGUAUGAGUAUGACUCCGAUGAAGAAACGGAAGGUGGUACCUGGGAACACAAAAAACGUGCAGAGGAAAUGGAAAAGACAAGAGCCUGGGCCGACGAGCUUACUUCACAAGCCAAAGGGAAACACCACAUUGGAGACUUCUUGCCUCCUGACGAACUGGAGAAGUUCAUGGAAAAAUAUGAUGCCCUCAAGGACGGAAGAAACCCCGAUCUCUCGGAUUACAGGGAGCACAAGAUUACGGAAGACAAUGUGGGCUAUCAGAUGCUCCAGAAGUUGGGAUGGACUGAAGGUCAGGGCCUGGGUGCCAAUGGAUCUGGGAUCACUGCUCCAGUUAACAAGGCAAUAGCUCCAGUGGAAAAUGCCGGACUUGGUAUCGAUCGGCCGCAAGAAGUGUCUGCACACGACGACGAAUAUGAGGCCUACCGUAAGAGAAUGAUGCUCGCCUAUAGGUUUCGGCCAAAUCCUCUGAACAAUCCUAGGCGCCCAUACUACUGAACGAAACAUUGUGAUGGUCAUGCAGUCAGUGUCAUCAGCACUAUUCUCUCUUCUUCACCAGGAAGUUCUCUUGGUACGCUGUACAUAUUUAAGAUCCACGCAGCUAUGUAAACUUCCACCCACAUGCAAAUGAAAUAAAUUGUAUAAGUUUGACAAGUA